UGCCAAUGAAUUGCACCACAGCCCUGUAUAACGACCAUAGCUKUGUUUGUCCGCCAAACUGUUAUAACAAGUGACAGYCAUCAUAAACCGGAAGUAAAAKAUGCAUGUGACGYCAUAGCCUGGAUACCGUUGUGACACAACCUGUAAGCCUACCCGUUAAUUCAACGUUUUUGGUCAAGGCAGAAUCCGCAGUAAUGAAGGAAUAAGKUUUUCUCGCAGUACAAUGGACUGCUAUCUUUUUGUCUUGWUUGGACUGCUGGGAYUGCUGUGUUGUAGAGCAAAUCGAGAGCAUGACAAAAAAGUCCACAGCCAUGUACACGCUCACCGYUUCGCAGGCCACAAGAGAAUCUCCGCGUCCCUUCACAAACAAUCUCACGAAAAUGACGAAGUAAAACCACAUAAGAAAGAAGAAAUGCUUGGCCAAGAUAUGAUGCAAAUCAACGAGGCCGAAUUUAAGCUUCAAAGCCUAGUAAGCCCAGAAUUCCAUCAAGGAAGUCAUGCGUUGCAUAGAGGAAAAGUAUUCGGAAAUAUGGAAGUGAAUACGAUGUCGCCAGAACAAGUUGACUUUGUGCAGGCUACAUCUCAAUGGCCGAARUUCUCYGAACCAGGUCAACGAAAUAAUAAGGAAUUAGCAAAAACGAUCUACCCUGAGGACCCGGUAUUGUUCCCAAAUCGCAUACAACCACAAAGAAGUAACGAUAAUACUAACUUGGAACCGAUGGGAAACACAUUUAAAUCAAUGACUGGCUCACAAUUUGACGACGAAGUUCCUGUUACUAUGGACGGAAGUAACAUGAACAUGAACAGCAUAAAUGCGAUGUUUCAGGGGCAAUCACAGCAGAAAUCCAACAACAUGCAAUAUGAUAUAAAACCAGGCUACACGACUACUGCAGAUGCACCAGUGGACGAUAAGUUCCCACCCUUUUCAAAUCAAAUGGGUGCGGCCAUUARCGUUCAAGCUAAAGCUCCUCUUGGGUUUAGAAGAGGCGGAACCAAAGAGAACAACAUGCCAGUGUCAUUGUUCAACGAGGGUAUCAUAAACCGUCAUGGAAAACCAUUAGGAAUUCUAGGAAAGAUUCUCAAGGCUUCCCAGGAAAUGCCUUCUGCUGGUAAUCUGGUCAGAGCAUCUGAAAGAUCAGGCGUGUGGAAUGCCGGUCCMUUUUCUAGGAGACAUAAACUGGAAAGAUCAGAACAAAGCGGAGUUUUACAUAAACUUUCGUCAAGCUUUAAACGCACAUCAAAGCAACAGAAGAAAAAGUCAAAGAACAAGCAGUAAAACGGAAGACAAAUAAACUCAURMUACUGUA